AUGAAAAAGGGCGAGGUGACACUAAUCGCCUUUGCAGACUUUUCCAGAGCUUUUGAUACCGUUGACUAUUCUGUUGCAGUACGGAAACUCCACGAUAUCGGUAUGUCCAGAGCUGCCCUGAAGUGGAUUGUGAAUUACCUGUCUUUAAGGAAACAGUUUGUCCAAGUAAACGACAAACAAUCUGAACUAGCGAAAGUGACGUUUGGCGUUCCACAAGGCUCAAGUUUAGGACCCUUCUUGUCAAUGACAUGCAGGACGGUUUACAUGCAAGAAGGCUCUACCUGUUUUCGAUAUGCGUACGACACCACAAUGUACCGCCACAGUACCCCAAAACAUUUGGACGGCUGCGUACAAAUGAUGGAUGAUAGCCUGCACAGUAUUGAGACAUGGGCAACGAAUAAUAACAUGUUACUAAAUGAGAAGAAAACCAAAUAG